CUUCAACCCCUUCCACUCAACAGCGCGGACUCCCUCUUCCUAUUGUCUCCGCCCAUGUGUCGUGCAGAGAGUUUGAGAGCUCGAUUCUAAUGACCUAAUACCCCAGCCCCCUUCCCAAAAGAUGGGCACCACCAAACCUCGUCCUUCCGGAAGGGCUUCCGUCGCCAAGGUCCAAUCUCUACCGGACAAGACAUUCAUCAUUGACAAUGGCGCGUAUACGAUAAAAGCGGGCUAUGCACCGGAUAGCUCGCCUCCGGACGACGAAUCGAAGGCGCUCUCAGCUUGCUCGGAUAUUCCCAACGCGAUCGUCAAGACCCGUGGCAACAAGAUCUACGUCGGUUCUCAACUCAACACGCAUGUGACGGAUUGGAAUGAGAUGGUGUUUCGCCGCCCCGUUGAAAAGGGAUACAUUGUGAACUGGGAGGCGCAGAAGGAAAUAUGGGAGCACUCGUUUUUCGACGAAACGACCGUGCGCAGCAAGGACCUUCGCAUCACGGACCCGGAAGACACGACGCUGCUGUUGACGGAGGCACCGAAUGCAUUGCCGGCGCUGCAGAAGAAUGCCGAUGAAAUCGUGAUGGAAGAAUGGGGGUUUGGGGGUUAUCUGAGAUGUGUUGGCCCGUCGCUGAAUGCUUGGAAUGACGUCCAGUCUUUGUUCGGGGACCCUAUUGUGCAGGAGGCAAACUCGGCUGUGCCUCCAAGAGAAUGUCUCUUAGUGGUCGAUUCUGGCUACUCUCACACCACCGUGACACCGGUUUACAAGGGGCAACCGCUCCAACGUGCAAUUCGCCGACUCGACCUCGGUGGUAAGCACCUUACGAACUAUCUGAAAGAAAUUGUCUCGGUAAGACAGUACAACAUGGUGGAAGAGACUUAUAUCAUGAACGAAGUGAAAGAGGCGGUUUGUUUUGUGAGCAACAACUUCGCUGGCGACAUGGAACAAACGUGGAAAGGCAGUCGGAAACGCGGCCUGCCGGAGCUCAGCGAGGGUGUGGUGGUAGACUAUGUCCUCCCCGACCCCAAUGCAGGCAAGAAGGGCUUUAUGCGACCGCACGAUCCUCUGCUGAACGCCAAGAAGAGGAAGGGAGCUCUCUCGGGUGCCAGCACGGAAGCACUAUCCGAAGACGCCUUGGUCUUGGGCAACGAGCGCUUUGCUGUUCCAGAGAUCCUGUUCACCCCCGGUGACAUUGGCAUGAAGCAGGCGGGGAUACCGGAUAUUAUCAUGCAGAGUCUUUCUGUCUUGCCUACCGGACUGCACCCGGCCUUCCUGGCCAACGUUUUGGUCGUCGGCGGCAAUGCGCUACUCCCCGGAUUCGUGGAAAGACUGGAGACUGAGCUGCGCCAACUGGCGUCCGCGGAAUGCGCUGUACGAGUUCGAAGUCCUCAAGAUCCGAUUCGCUCCACCUGGCUGGGGGCGUCCCGAUUUGCCACGAAUAAAGACGACCUUCAGAAAGUUGCCAUCACCCGGCAGGAGUACCAAGAACACGGUUCUUCCUGGGCUAGUCGGAAGUUUACUGGUGCGCUGUAAGUUCGGUCGGCACGGCCGUCCGUGGCAUUGGAGCGUCUGGGGUUUGAUAGGAGUUGCUUGCGUGCAUGCUUGCCUUGAUCUUUCUUUAGCGUCUAUCCGUGAUACCCUCGCAGUAAGAAGAAGACGGUGGAUUUCCUAGAACAAUGUCAUUAUGUCCAAGGCCUCGAUUGGGCAAUCGACCCUCAGGAUGGGUUUCCGUCGGGGAUGGCGGGGAUGGCGGUGAUGGCCAUCAAUGAGCUAGUCGUUCGGGCGCUGCUCGACAACGCAAUCAAGGCAUUGGCGAACAGCUCGGGACGUCUGUUGGGCCGUGGCUGUGGGCGAUC